AUGGAGACGGCAAAGUGCCGAUUGCGCGCCCUCUCUUGGGCGUCGAAAUAUCUGCCGGCGAGAUCGCCUUCUUGGAAUUGCUCGUCCCGCGGGUAUACACGCCAUGUCUCGAGCAUUCGGCAUCGGAGAUUUGCGACUGCGGCCGCCCCGGAGGGCGCCAGAAAGCCCUAUUAUGUUACGACUCCCAUUUUUUAUGUGAAUGCAGGUGCUGCUCGGCAAGGAGGACGCCCAAUUCCUCACAGGCACCGACGAACAUGGGAUGAAGGUUCUGUUUCACGCCUUCAGAUACAACGAGCUGCACAGGCAGCGGGGAUGGACACACAGGCGUUUUGCGAUAUGAAUUGCAAGACAUUUGAGGCUCUGGUAAAGGCGGCCAACCUGAACCAUGACCACUUCAUACGAACCACCGAUGCGGCUCACAAAGAUGCGGUGCGGUAUUUUUGGGCUAAGGGUUUUUUGAAGGAAAUGCUUCAACAUCGGGGAUACAUAUACACAUCGAAGCAUGAAGGGUGGUACUCGGUCAGCGACGAGACGUUCUUCCCUCAGUCUUCGGUGCAAUCCGCUUUGGACCCGGCCACUGGCAGGAAGGUCAUGGUUUCUGUGGAGACGGGCAAAGAAGUUGAAUGGUCGUCAGAAACAAACUAUCAUUUCCGUUUGUCGGCAUUUCAAGACCGACUGCUCCAAUUCUACAAGGAAAACGAGUCGUUUGUAAGACCCGCAAGUUAUAUGACAGAACUUAUCAAGUCUGUGUCUUCUGGACUGCAAGAUCUUUCCAUCUCGAGACCGGCGGAACGCCUGAACUGGGGUAUCCGCGUCCCUGGUGACGACACGCAGACCAUCUACGUGUGGUUAGAUGCUCUGAUCAACUACCUGACGAAAGCCGGAUAUCCUUUCCCGCCGGGCCAGGAACAUAAACUUGGAUGGCCGGCAGAUGUUCAUGUUAUAGGAAAGGAUAUCGUCCGCUUCCAUUGCAUCUACUGGCCGGCCUUCCUGAUGGCGCUUGACCUUCCACUUCCCCGGAAUAUCCUUAUCCACGGGCAUUGGACGAUGAACAAAGAGAAAAUGUCCAAAUCAACCGGCAAUGUUGUCAAUCCAUUUUUUGCGAUCGACCGCUUUGGUGUUGACACGAUGCGCUUCUUCCUCACGUAUCAAGGACCGCUUGGCGAUGACUCCGACUACGACAACGAAUUCAUCAUCCGCGACUACAAGAAACUGCUCCAAUGGGGACUUGGGAACCUAUCGCAUCGCAUCAUGGGAGUUGCAAAAUGGGACUUGCGCCCGUACAUCGAGGCAGCGGCGUCUGGCAACCUUCCGAACGCCUCCGACCUUGAUAGUGCGCAUCAAGCGUUCAUCGAGACCGCUCCUCAGAGGGUUGCGGAUCAUAUGGACAACUUGAACCCGAGAGCUGCUCUCCGAGAGAUUAUGGGAAUAAUCGAGAAGACGCAAAAGUAUUUCCAUCAGGCAGAGCCGUGGAAGGACCGCGACCAGGCCCACCGCAUCAUCUACAACGUAUGCGAAUCUCUAAGGAUGGCUGGGAUCCUGCUGCAGCCAUUCAUGCCGGAGAAAUCCGCGGAGCUUCUAGACCUUCUGCGGGUAGACGCGGCGGACCGCUCGAAGCGGAGGUUCUCGGCGGCGUCCUACGGGGCCGAUCUCGAAUACGGCAAGGAUGUCGAGAAGACCAAGAAGAUUCUUUUCCCUCCCCUCAUCGUUGAGGAUUAA